GGCGUUGCUGCUGCGCAGUCCGUGCUACCUUAGCGGAGACAACACCACACCAUGACGCGCGCGGCGAAGGGCUCGCGCGCCAAGCAGCUGCACCCGCACCAGCGCCGCCGCCUGUCGGAGGAGGGCAAGAGGCUGCUGCGCAAUGCGCUGGCGGCCGGCAGCGAGGGCGAGGACGGCUCCAUCGACUACAGCAUCAUCUCCAACUGCGACGACUCGUCCAUCGAGUCGGAGCUCGAGGGCGCGCUGCAGUGGGAGCAGCUGCAACAGCAGCAGCAACAAUCAGGAGGAGGAGGAGGCGGAGGCGGACGCAAGGGCCGCGGCGAGAAGUGGAAGGACGAGGACGAGCAGGAGGAUGCAGAGGACGACGACCUGGAGGGCGCCAUGGAGCAGCUCACGGAGAAGAGGGACAGCACCAAGGUCGCGGCGCUGGAGAAGAUCCUAGACAUGCUGCGCGCUGAGGUCAUGAGCGACAGGGCGCAGUCGGCCAAGGUGACGCUGACGUCGCACACACUCGGCUGCCUCAAGAAGAGAGCUAAGGAGUCCGGCAGCCUGGCGCUGCGUGUGCUGAGCAUGGUGGCCAUCACGCUCGGGGCCGACGAGCAGGAGUUCUUCGACGACAUCCUGUCGCCUCUGCGGAGGAUCUUCACGGACAGGGGAGACAGCGCUCUACGUGUGGAGGCCGUGUAUGCGCUCAGCAUCGCGUGCUUCGUCUGCUGUCCGGACGACGAGCCCAAGUGGGAGCUACUGGAGGUGUUCGGAAGCUUCCUCGUCGCGGCCAAGGACGCUGAGGAUGAUGGCCACGACGAAAAGGAGUUCCCGGAGGCUCUGACGAUCGCAGUGAUGGAGUGCUGGGCCUUCCUGGUCAGCUUUUUCCACCCGUCGGUCAUGAUCAGCAAGGUAUACAACGCACAGUCCAUCGUCCAUGGUCAUGUAGCGGCGCUGGCUGCGUUUGUUCGAAGCGGAACGAAUGCGACGGUGCGAGCCUCAGCGUGUGAAGUGCUGGCGCUGCUGGUGCAGUUUAAGUACAAGUCCGCAGCUGCGGAUUGGACGUACUCGCAUGAGCCCACUGGGAGUCCCAUCGGCGGUCUCGACUCACGCAUCGAGGCGUACAUGCGCGAGUCUGGGAAGAGUAUUGGUAAGAAGAACCGCAAGGCACAGAGGUCGAUGUUGAAGGAGGUGCUGGAGACGCUGCAGACAGGCGAAGGACCCAUCAAGGAGCUACAGGCGGACGGCGAGACGCUCACGGUGUCUACUUGGAGCCGCUUCUUCCAGGCGCACGUCUUCCGCCGUGCAUUGCAGUCUGGAUUUCAGACGCACCUCGUGGAGAACGAGGUGCUGCGCGAUGUGUUUGAAGUGACAGAGAAUGCCAACGCGAAGAUCGGUUUGGUUUCCACUGUUAAGCGUCGCGCUGACCUCAAGGCCAAGGCAGUCCACAAGCGGAACGACAUGUCCCGCAAAGAUCAAGCACAGAACGCCUUCCUUUAUGAUGAGUAG